GUGAAAAUGUUCAAGGCGAAGUUGCACGAGAUGUGUCAGCGGAGACGGUGGAGUUUGCCCAAGUACUCCGCCACGAGUGACGGUCCGCCACACAUGCCAAACUUUAAGGCAUCUGUGUUUGUAAAUGGCUUUACAUUUUCUUCUUAUCAUACUUUCCAUUCCUCCAAAGAAGCUUACAACCAAGCUGCAAUGAAUGCUUUCCUCAACUUUUCAUCUCCUUCCGGCUCUUCAAUCCCAAGAAACAAAUAUGGUUCAAAAGAGGAAGUUGAAGCUUCCAAACCCAAACCUCAAGAAAGUCCAGUUUAUAAUAAGGAUCAUUUGAGCAAACUUCCGCCACAAAACUAUGCUCGAAAGAACAAUCCCGAUCAACCUGUUUUUACAAUUAAAACUGAAGGGCCACCUCAUGACAAUCGCUAUAAGGCCACUGUUGUUAUUGAUGGGAAAUCAUUUGAAAGCCCUACAUUUUUCAACACUAUAAAAGAAGCAGAACAAGCUGCUAUAAAUAUUGUUCACAUGUUUCAGCAGGGUGAAUCUUCUUCGUCCAAGAGUAAACUUCUGGAAUUAACGCAGAGAGAAGGUUUUUCCAAACCAACGUAUAAAUCUACACGGAUUGGUCCUCCUCAUAUACCAACUUUUUUCUCAAGUGUCACAGUAGAGGGCUUGGAGUUUCAUGGAAAGGCAUCUACAUCUAAAAAACAGUCUGAACAUGAUGCUGCAAAAAUUGCUUAUACAGCCUUAAAAGAGAGUGGACUUCAUAUGUAUGCUGCUUUUGCUUCCUCAAUCAAAGAAAACGAAUCAGUAAAAUCCACUCAUGAAUUAGACAUUGUUAAGUCCAAACAAAAACUAAACCUUGAAGAUCAACUUUUGGAUCAAGAGAUGUUUCCUACUAAUGUCAAAGUUAAUCACAAUGACAUAGCCAUUGAAUCUUCUCCAUUGCCUCCAAAGAAAACCAUUGAAUCUUCUCUAUUGCCCCCGAAGAAAAAAAUGAAGAUGAGCAAUAUGAGUGAUACGAAUUUGAGUCGUUCUAAAAGGUCAAUUAAGAGGCCCAACUACCUGAAGGACUAUGAUACAAGCUCCAAAUCUAUCAAUCCAUAGAACUUUUAGAAUGUUCCACUCAUAACCGUUGCUGAGUUGAGCUGUC